AUGGGCUGUCUCUGUAUCGUACCUUUCUUUAAAAACUGUUUUCGCAAGCGACGCCAAAGAUCUAUCCAGCGCCAGGCUCAAAAAGAUGCACAAAUCAAAGUCGAUGCAGAAACUAAACUCAACACCGAAAUGAACGCUCGAAGUGAAGCUAUUACCGAACCGAGACCCAUGAUGAGAGAGAUCACCGAGGAGGAAUACGAAAUAGGAGUCAUCAACUAUCGAGAACACGAACCAAUCACCAUUACCGUGAAUGAUGUCCAUGGAGUUACACAUAUUCAGGACUUCAUCAAUUUCAAUCCUCCAGUCCCCUUGAACGAGGUAUCAAACCCAGACAGAAUCGAGACGAUGGGGAAAGAGCUUAGUAGUGGAUCUCAAGAAAUAGUAGAGUUGGUAGAGAAUAACCACACGCCUACCAAGGAAUUGAGCGACAGGGAAAAUCUACAGAUGGGAGAAGUCAAGAACCCUGCUAUCACCAAGGAAUUGAGCGACAGGGAAAAUCUACAGAUGGGAGAAGUCAAGAACCCUGCUAUCACCAAGGAAUCAAGUGAUAAGGAAAGCCUAGAAAUGAUAGCCAUAGAUAUGGAUGGAAAAGAAACACGCAUCACAUGGCGAGGUAUCAUUACACCAGAGCGAAGGAAAAGCAACGAAUCUAUGCACUAG